AGCCAAAAAUCCUCACUUGUGCUGGGUCGCUUUUUCUCUCUGUCCCUGUCGCUGUUACUGUUACUUCCCGCCUUUCCUCGAAAAUCAUCGGACCACUUUCGUCUUCGCUCUCUUUUGCUCCUCCUCCUUCCUAGCAAUCUCCGUCGUCUGAGUCUUGCUCACCACGUUAUCCUACGAACCAAGGUUAUCAUAGCCCACCUUUGACUCUCUCUCUCUGUCUCGCACACUCUUUGUGGAAAGUUAAACUCUCUUCCAUACAUAUAAUUUGCAUAUAUGCACAAAAAUCUUCAUUUGAUCAAUAAAACAAAUUUAGCAGACUAUAUUCAGACACUCAAUAUUAUCUCUUGGAAAGCAAGCACCCCAUUAAAGCUCAGAAAUCGAUAAAUAAUCUUGCUUCAUCAGAACAUUGAUAUGAAAACCUUCACGUAUUACUACUCGUUAGUAAUGAAAAUUUCAGGUACCGAUUUCCUGUUUCAACCUGUUUUCCUUCGUGGGUUUUCUGGUUCUUUGCACCUGGUUUUGUUAUUUGUCCUGUCCAUCUUGUCGGUCUGCAGCAAAUUUCGGGUGGGUAAUGGGGAGGGUACGAAACAGAGGAUUAAGAGCACCAAAGUUCUGUUCUACAAACAGACUUUCAUUUGUUGUUUGGGUAUUUCGGCGUUUAAUCUUGCAUUGUGUUUAUUGUACUAUUUUUAUUGGUAUAGAAAUGGUUGGUCUGAAGAACAGCUAGUGACCCUUUUGGAUUUAGCCCUUAGGACACUAGCUUGGGGAACCCUUUCUGUUUACUUGCAUACCCAAUUCUCUGAUUCCGGCGAAUCAAAGUUUCCAUAUUUAUUGAGAAUUUGGUGGGGUUUCUACUUCUCCAUUUCUUGUUAUUGCCUUGUCAUAGACAUUAUUCUAGAAAGAAAACACGUCUCUUUACCCACUCAAUCCUUAGUGUCUGAUGCUGUUUCUGUUGUUGUGGGUUUGUUUUUGGUAUACGUGGGGAUUUUUGGGAACAAAAAAAGUGGAGAGGCCUUACUGGAGGAACCUCUUUUGAAUGGUAGUGCUAGCGUAUGUAAUACUGCAGAGUCCAAAAUCAGCAAAGGGGAUGAAACUGUAACCCCUUAUUCAAAUGCUGGAAUUCUCAGUAUUCUUACUUUCUUUUGGCUUGGUCCUCUAAUCUCCCUUGGCUAUAAGAAGACAUUGGACCUUGAGGAUAUUCCUCAACUUGAUCCUGCUGAUAGCGUAGCUGGUGCUUUCCCAACUUUUAAAAAUAAGCUUGAGUCCGAGUGUGGUACAAUUAACAGAGUGACCACACUUAAGUUGGCCAAAGCAUUGCUAUUCUCCUCAUGGAAGGAGAUUCUUUUUACAGCCUUUCUCACACUAGUGUACUCGUUGGCUUCUUAUGUUGGUCCCUAUCUUAUUGACACUUUUGUUCAAUAUCUCAAUGGGCAACGAGAGUUCAAAAAUGAGGGCUACACUUUGGUUUCUGUAUUUUUCAUUGCAAAGAUGUUCGAGUGCUUUUCGCAGAGGCAGUGGUUCUUUUGGGUGCAGCUGAUAGGGAUAAGGAUGCGGGCAGUGCUGGUUGCGAUGAUUUAUAAUAAAGGUCUGACCUUGUCAUGCCAGUCCAAGCAAAGGCAUACCAGUGGAGAGAUUAUCAAUUUUAUGGCAAUUGAUGCUGAGAGAGUUGGUACCUUCUGCUGGUACUUGCACGAUCCAUGGAUGGUCCUUGUGCAAGUUUCUUUGGCAUUGUUUAUUUUAUAUAAAAAUCUUGGUAUUGCUGCAAUUGCAGCUUUUGUUGCAACUGUAGUAGUUAUGCUAUUGAAUGUCCCUUUAGGAAAGUUGCAAGAGAAGUUUCAGGACAAAUUGAUGGAGUCAAAAGAUAGAAGGAUGAAGUCAACGUCUGAGAUUUUGAGGAACAUGAGGAUUCUCAAGUUGCAAGCAUGGGAGAUGAAGUUUCUGUCAAAGAUUAUUGAUCUCAGGAAUGUUGAGACAGAUUGGUUGAAAAAAUUCCUCUACACUAAUGCCAUAACCGCAUUUGUCUUCUGGGGUGCUCCCACCUUCGUAUCUGUGGUCACUUUUGUUACUUGUAUGCUUUUGGGGAUCCCACUUGAAUCGGGGAAGGUCUUAUCUGCUCUUGCAACAUUCAGGAUCCUACAAGAACCCAUCUAUAAUCUUCCAGAUGUUGUCUCCAUGAUAGCACAAACUAAGGUAUCCCUAGAUAGAAUUGCAUCAUUUCUUUGUCUCGAUGAAUUGCAAUCUGAUGCUAUAGAGAAAUUACCAAAAGGGAGUUCUGAUACAGCAAUUGAGAUAGUUGAUGGGGCUUUCUCUUGGGAUAUAUCUUCUCCAACUCCAACAUUGAGAGAUAUUAAUAUUCAGGUAUCUCAUGGUAUGAGGGUUGCUAUUUGUGGCAGUGUUGGAUCAGGAAAGUCAAGCUUGCUUUCCUGCAUCCUAGGAGAAAUUUCAAAGAUAUCUGGAACUGUAAAAUUGUGUGGGACGAAGGCCUAUGUUGCUCAAUCACCAUGGAUACAGAGUGGCAAAAUAGAAGAGAACAUUUUAUUUGGCAAGGAGAUGGACAGAGAAAUGUAUGAGAGGGUUCUAGAAGCAUGUUCCUUGAAGAAGGACCUGGAAAUUCUCUCAUUUGGUGAUCAGACAAUAAUAGGGGAGAGAGGAAUCAAUUUGAGUGGAGGGCAAAAGCAAAGAAUACAAAUUGCACGUGCCUUAUACCAGGAUGCUGAUAUCUAUCUGUUUGAUGAUCCAUUUAGUGCUGUGGAUGCUCAUACUGGAUCCCACCUUUUCAAGGAAUGCUUGCUUGGCCUUUUGAGUUCAAAAACUGUGAUUUAUGUUACUCAUCAGGUGGAGUUCUUACCUGCUGCGGAUCUUAUAUUGGUCAUGAAAGAUGGAAGGAUUACCCAAUCUGGAAAGUACGAUGAAAUUCUUAAUUCAGGAACUGAUUUUAUGGAACUUGUGGAUGCGCAUAAAGAAGCCUUGUUGACAAUCAACAAUGUAGAAGUGCAGACAGUUGAAAAUGUUAGUGUUUCUGAGGAAGAUGAAAAUUUGGCUUGUACAGAUGAAGUUGUGGAGAAAGAAGACAAAAAUGCUCAAAAUGGUAAAACUGAUGUUGCUGGGCCAAAAGGGCAGCUUGUUCAAGAAGAAGAAAGAGAGAAAGGAAGAGUCGGGUUAUCAGUCUACUGGAAAUAUAUCACAACAGCAUAUGGAGGUGCACUUGUUCCUUUUAUAUUGCUGGCACAGAGUUUGUUUGAGAUUCUUCAAAUUGGAAGCAAUUAUUGGAUGGCUUGGGCAACUCCUGUUUCAGAGGAUACAAAACCUGCUGUCAGAGGCAGUACGCUGUUGAUUGUCUAUGUUGCUUUGUCCAUUGGAAGUUCAUUUUGUGUCCUUGUUAGAUCUUCACUACUUGCAACAGCUAGUUAUAAGACAGCCACUCUACUCUUCAACAAAAUGCAUAUGUGCUUAUUUCGUGCUCCAAUGUCAUUCUUUGAUGCAACUCCAAGUGGACGAAUCCUUAACAGAGCUUCUACCGACCAAAGUGCAGUGGAUCUGAGCAUUUCAAGUCAAAUUGGGAACUUUGCCUUUUCUUUCAUACAGCUAUUGGGAAUUAUUGCUGUAAUGUCCCAGGUUGCAUGGCAGGUUUUUGUAAUUUUUGUCCCUGUGGUUGCAGCCUGCCUUUGGUAUGAGCAAUAUUACAUGUCUUCAGCACGAGAACUAUCUCGGUUAUGUGGUGUCUGCAAAGCUCCAGUGAUUCAAAAUUUUGCUGAAACAAUUUCAGGUGCCACAACCAUACGGAGCUUUGAUCAAGACACAAGAUUUCAAGAUGCAAAUAUGAAACUGAGUGAUGGUUAUUCCCGUCCUAGGUUCCAUUUUGUAGGGUCACUGCAAUGGUUGUCCUUUCGCUUGGAUAUGUUGUCUUCUAUUACAUUUGUAGUCUGUUUGGUUUUCCUGAUCUCUAUCCCACAAGGAUCUAUCGAUCCAGGCAUUGCUGGCUUGGCUGUAACAUACGGACUCAAUCUAAACAUGUUACAAUCUUGGGUUAUUUGGAAUCUUUGCAAUAUGGAGAAUAAAAUUAUAUCAGUUGAAAGAAUAUUUCAAUAUACUAGCCUCCCGAGUGAGCCUUCUCUUGUAAUAGAAUCAAACCAGCCAGAUCAGUCUUGGCCAAGUCAUGGAGAAGUUGAGAUUCAUGAUCUACAGGUCCGGUAUGCACCACACAUGCCGCUUGUCCUGCGGGGUCUUACAUGCACUUUUCCUGGUGGUAAGAAAACUGGCAUUGUGGGAAGAACAGGCAGUGGUAAAUCAACUCUCAUACAAGCACUCUUUCGAAUCGUUGAACCUGCCGCUGGUCAAAUUGUAGUAGAUGGCAUCAACAUCACUUUGAUCGGACUGCAUGAUUUGCGGUCUAGGCUGAGCAUCAUCCCUCAGGAUCCAACCAUGUUUGAAGGGACUGUAAGAAGCAACCUGGAUCCACUUGAAGAAUACACUGAUGAACAAAUAUGGGAGGCCUUGGACAAGUGCCAACUUGGAGAUGAAGUUCGGAAGAAGGAAGGAAAGCUUGACUCCACAGUCACUGAGAAUGGAGAGAAUUGGAGUAUGGGACAGAGGCAGCUGGUCUGUCUUGGCCGUGUUCUACUAAAGAAAAGUAAAGUUUUAGUGCUCGAUGAAGCUACAGCAUCAGUUGAUACAGCUACAGAUAAUCUAAUUCAGCAAACGCUUCGUCAACACUUUUCUGAUUGUACGGUUAUAACCAUUGCACAUCGUAUAACUUCUGUUCUUGAUAGUGACAUGGUUCUUCUGCUAAGUCAUGGGCUUAUAGAAGAAUACGAUUCUCCUGCAAGGUUGCUCGAGAAUAAGGCAUCAUCCUUUGCUCAGCUAGUGGCAGAGUACAGUACAAGGUCAAAUUCCAAUCUUGAAUAGUUUGGUUGCACGUUUAAGUGUCCAAAGCUAGAUUCUGGAGAUAUGAGUUCCUUGACAACGACGAAAAUCGACUGGUUGCAGCAAUUACAAAAGUAUCGUUUUGGUCUUUGUGCUAAACCGUGGUGAUCAUAGAUAUUGAUUGUCUAAUACGGUUGUAGUUUUUAAAGUAGAAACAACGCCUUAUUUGUAGUAGUAAUAAUAAUAAUAAUAAUAAUAAAAAGGACAGUUUUAAAUGUUUAAAA